CUCGAUCACAGUAAACAGGAAGCGGGAGCCUCCGUAGCGCUGAGUUGAAGAAGGCGGAGGACCCGUGCGGGACUCCCUCGUCUCCCGCCGGCCGCCGUUCGAGCCCGCUCUCCGUCCUUCUCCACGUCCUCCUCCCGGUCCGCAGGAACUCUGCCGCCUCCGAGUGCCGAACCAUGGCCGAAUACUCGUAUGUGAAGUCCACCAAACUCGUGCUCAAGGGUACGAAGGCCAAGAGUAAAAAGAAGAAGAGCAAGGAUAAGAAGAGGAAACGGGAAGAAGAUGAGGAAACCCAACUUGAUAUUGUGGGAAUCUGGUGGACUGUAUCCAACUUUGGGGAGAUUUCAGGAACCAUUGCCAUUGAAAUGGAUAAAGGAGCCUAUAUCCAUGCACUGGACAAUGGCCUUUUUACACUGGGAGCUCCGCACAGAGAAGUUGAUGAGGGCCCCAGUCCUCCAGAGCAGUUUACUGCCGUCAAAUUGUCUGAUUCCAGAAUUGCCCUGAAGUCUGGCUAUGGAAAAUACCUUGGUAUAAAUUCAGACGGACUUGUUGUUGGGCGUUCAGAUGCAAUUGGACCAAGAGAACAGUGGGAACCAGUAUUUCAAGAUGGGAAAAUGGCUUUAUUAGCCUCAAAUAGCUGCUUUAUUAGAUGUAAUGAAGCAGGUGAUAUAGAAGCAAAGAAUAAAACAGCAGGAGAAGAAGAGAUGAUAAAGAUUAGAUCCUGUGCUGAAAGAGAAACCAAGAAGAAAGAUGACAUCCCAGAAGAAGACAAAGGGAAUGUGAAGCAGUGUGAAAUCAAUUAUGUAAAGAAAUUUCAGAGCUUCCAAGACCACAAACUCAAAAUAAGCAAAGAAGAUAGUAAAAUUCUUAAAAAGGCUCGGAAAGAUGGAUUUUUGCAUGAGACACUUCUGGACAGGAGAGCCAAAUUGAAAGCUGAUCGAUACUGCAAGUGAUGGAGAUUAUUUUGUGUUGCUUUGGUUUUUAUGUUGUUGGGGGGUGGGGGUUGUCUGUCUAUUUUUAUCCUGAAUAAAAAUAUUCAGUACAACUCUGCUUUUACAGA